ACAGCAAGUUCAGUUGAUUCAAGUGACUCGUUGCCUUCCAGCUCUCAUCUGCCCCGUAGUUCUUCAUACACCUCGGUUCCACGUCUUCUACCAUUCAAGAUGUCGAGCUGUGACUGCGACAGGAAGACCAGCAACGGAGGCAACUGCGACUCCAGCUGCAAGGAAUGCGAGCCAACUUUCGCCUUUGAGACCUCAUCCAGCCCCAAGAUGUCCUACGCCCCCGUAGCACUGGCAGCCACCAAGGCUGCUGGAGUCGAGAGCGUGGCCGCUGUCUUCAACGACAUGGAUCAGUGAAACUCCGAUGUACAUAUGAGAAUGCACUCAAGGCGACUCAUCAUGCCCAUUGCGAAUCUCCCGGCCGCACAGUUCUAAGACCACGUUCACAACAUCAGGAACAGAACUGGGUGGCCGGAUAAGCUCUGGAAAAAUCUUAUCACGCGACUUGAGGCAUUAAUUUCUAUGUACACUCUGGAGACGAUCGGUCUGUGUGCGUGAGCUUCAGAUGUUUAUGAGACACCAAACCGUUGUCAAAAGCUAUCAAUAAAUUUGAGGGUUUUACGCGUUUCAAAUCUG